AUGCUUCCUUCAAUCAUCUCAAAACUACAUCAUUUCCGCUCACGCCGCUCUAUUCUUCUCUCGAAGCUUCAAAUUCUCCUCCUUUACCACACUUCUCCGCGUUCCAAUCCUCAAUUUCCUCACAGAGUGUCGCUGCAUCCUCCUCGAACCCAACCGACAACCAGCUUCCCGGGCAACCCGGCUCCGACCCACUUCGAAAAAUCGAUUUUUGAACCGGAAACAGUUCUUGAAACCCUCAAUUCUUAUGCCAAUGACUGGAAGCUCGCGCUGGAGUUCUUCAAUUGGGUUGAAACCGAGUGUGAGUUCCGGCACUCAGCUCACACACUCAAUCGGAUUGUCGACAUUCUUGGUAAGUUUUUCGAGUUCGAAAUCGCCUGGGAGCUUAUUGAAAGAAUGCGGAUAAAUGGAUGUUGUUUGCCUGAUCACACGACUUUUAGGGUGUUGUUUAAGCGUUAUGUAUCGGCUCGCCUUAUUAAAGCAGCAAUUGAUGCUUUUGCUAGAUCGAAUGAUUAUAAUUUGAGGGAUGAAGUUUCAUUUUCGAAUUUGAUUGAUGCUUUGUGCGAGUACAAGCAUGUGAUAGAGGCUGAAGAGCUCUGCUUCAAGAAAAGUUGGGGCGGCCAAUAUCAUGACAUUUUGCUUUGUUUUAAUGUGGAAAAUACAAAAAAUUAUAACAUGAUUCUACGCGGUUGGUUUAAAAUGGAGUGGUGGAGGAAGUGUAGGGAGUUUUGGGAGGAGAUGGAUAAGAGGGGUGUGGAGAAAGACUUGUAUUCGUACUCGAUAUAUAUGGACAUCCAAAACAAAAGUGGGAAGCCGUGGAAGGCCGUGAAGCUGUACAAGGAGAUGAAAAAGAAGGGUAUUGAACUGGAUGUGGUGGCGUACAACACAGUGAUUCGUGCUAUUGGGAUUUCAGAAGGGGUUGAUGUGGCAGUGAGGCUCUACAAAGAGAUGGCUGAAUUAGGUUGUUCACCAAAUGUUGUAACUUUCAACACGAUUCUAAAGCUUUUGUGCGAGAAUGGAAGGUAUAGAGAAGCACAUAGGGUGCUCGAUCUCAUGACUAGAAAAGGUUGUCCGCCGAAUAUAGUUACAUACCACUGCUUCUUCACGUGCCUUGAGAAGCCUCGCGAGAUUCUUAGAUAUUUUGAUAGGAUGUUAGAUAGUGGUGUCCGGCCAAGGAUGGACACGUAUGUCAUGCUCAUGAGGAAGUUUGGAAGAUGGGGUUUCCUUCGUCCUGUUUUUAUUCUCUGGGAUAAGAUGGCUUUACAUGGGCUGAGCCCGAAUGAGUGUGCUUAUAAUGCUCUGAUUGAUGUUUUGCUGCAGAAGGGUUUGGUUGACAUGGCUCGCAAAUAUGAUGAAGAGAUGUUUUCGAAAGGGCUUUCACCUAAGCCAAGGGCUGAAUUACAGACAAAAAUGGCUGAUGAAGGAUCAGGAGAUGGGUAGCUAGUUGCCAGUUUUUGGAAUUGUUACAUUCAGAGGCUUGAUGCUAAUGGUAGAGCCCCUUGGAGCACUGAUAUCCCCUCCAUUAAUGGUGAUGUUUUGGUUAACUGUGGCUCGAGUGGCGCUCCACAUUGUGCAUCAGAAGGGAAUGGCUCGGUGAUGAUGUACGUCCCGAAAUCUAAUCCUUGCUGCACAUAAAGGGCACAUCAACUGCCCCAAGUGUGUUGGGCACGUACGAUCCGGUCCCAGAUCGAACAGCACAUGUUUCUCGUUCUCAGUUCUCUUAUUCGGUUCAAGUGAGCCCAAGUAAGAAAAUUCUCCUCUUUCACUUCAACCCCGUUGUGUGCCCCUUCAAAGAUUUUGAUGACUUGUUUAUGGUUGAAGGCUUAAAGCCAAUUUUUUUACCUUUUCAAAAAAAUUACUAUUUUUUUGUGUUA